AUGGGAGGCUGGAAAUUAGAAGUUUUUCGCAUGGCGUGCUAUGUGAGUUUUCCUAUUAUGGCCAUGUUUCUAUUCAGUCGCCCUGAAAUAUUCAAAGACCAAGUAAUUGAAGCUCGCAAACGAUUCUACCCACCACCCAAUCCAGAACGCGAUGCAUUGAUUCAACAAUUGAAAGACCGAGAACGAGUUCGUCGAGAAACUGAAGUUCUUGAACAAAUGAGUAAUUUUCAAAAAGCAAACAAAAAGAUGCCAUCCAACUGA